AUGAAUCCUUUUGCGCCCUCUUCCUCUACCAAUCUGUUCGGGUCUGUGUAUGGGAAAUCUAAGCGUACCCAGUCUCUUGCGAAACCGGUCCCCGUACUGGACCUGCCUGCUCUUCAGAGCGCUAGCCGCGCCUUGCAGGAGCAGCACGUCAAGGAUACUCAGAUCAUCCCAGACUUGGGGGAUUUACUCGCUAGUCCCAAUGGAAAGUCUUCGUCGUCGUACUCUGUUUUUCCCGACGAUUAUCGCGUCCCCUUCCAGAAGAGAAGGCUUAUCGGUAUUCCAGAGGGGUUGUUCAAGUAUUAUACCAUAACAAAUGUACCUUCACACAUGGGAUUGAUGCCUGAAAUUGAGCGUGUAUGGGUCACAAUUGACCAUAGUCUCUUUCUAUGGGACUAUAUCGACGUCCAUGUGUUGGACUCAUUCGCUGACCAGCCCGAUGUCAUUACGGAUGUCGCACUUGUGAAGCCCAGACCCGGCAUAUUUAUCGACGAGAUAACAUACCUUUUGGUUCUUUGCACUCCCGUGUCGGUCGUUCUUAUUGGCCUUUCCGUAAAGACGGUGACAGGGCCUAACAACCGGACACACAAAGUGCUCAAGUUGUAUGCCACGGACAUGACCAUCUCCUGUGACGUCGAAAUGUCAUCUGUGAUAGGAACACAGGAAGGGAGAAUUUUCAUGUGUGGCGUACAAGAUGGUUGUCUGUAUGAAUUGCAUUAUCAGGAGAAAGAAGGUUGGUUCGGGAAGAGGGUGCAGAUUAUCAACCAUUCGGUUGGAGGUGUCCAAACUCUCAUACCUCGACUAUCAGCUCCAAAGUUAGAAGAUCGUAUUAUAUCCGCCGUUUCGGAUAGCGCUCGGGGUUGCUUUUACACUUUGACCGCCAAGAAUACCAUAGCAGUCUACAGACCAAGCGGCGACAAAAGCAUCCAACAUGUGCAGACUAUAUCGAACCUGUACAAGGGUGCUCAGGAUAUAGCCCCUGGGUCCCCCGCGCUUACGCUGCAGAAUUUCCAGAUCAUUGCGCUGCAUGUCGUGGACCCGUCAGAAUCGAAGUCUGGUGUCCAGCUUAUGGCCAUUACAACUAAAGGUGUUCGCCUCUUUUUUGCACCGACAAUUUCUGCUUCAAACUAUGGUGGUCUUGGUGCCAGUGCACAAGGUGCUAUUAAACUUAUGCAGCUCAUACACGUACGGUUACCUCCGCCGAAUUUGCUCCAUCCCGACGAGCAGUCGAACGCAUACCACAGCACUUCUGCGGUUGGCUACGGAUCUUCUCACACUCCUCAGUCUACUGCGCGACCAUACAUGGUAUCUGGUCUGGAGAGUUCCUGUUACGAUGUUGGGCUGACCAUAGCAGCCCAACCCGGCGAUGUCGAUGGUACAGACUAUAUUCUGUGUAUGUCUCCCGACCUCACCCGAAUAGGAUCUCUUGGACAAUACCGUGGGCCUUCUCCUCUAGAGCCGACACCACAAUAUGCUAGCACAUCUUAUGGCACGAUCCCUGGUCCACCUCGACCACCAUUGAUUGAGAGUGCAACUCUUCUAUCUAUUCCUGGGCGCACAUGGGCUAUGGCUACUGUCCCUCGACGAGCACCGUCGUCAGUGAAAUCCGGCGAUGCUCGUCCCACUGCCACGAAUGAACUCGCUUAUCAAUUUUCAGAUUCCACACGGCAGUUCAUGAUCCUCACGAAUGUUGGAUUGACCAUCUUGUCGAAGAGGAGAGCGGUGGAUCAGCUGAAGGAUGUCAUUGAAGAAUCCCAAGUGGAGGGCAAUGCGCAGCCACUCAUGGAGUUUAGGGAUAGCUACGGCCGAGAUCAGACUUGCGCUAUGCUUCUGGCAGUCGCGAGUGGUAAUACAUUCUUGGACAUUGGCGAAGACUCCAAGUUGGGAACCAUUAGCACUGUAAGCCCUGAGCUUGCUGUCGUUGCUAAACAGGCGUUCUAUGAAAUUGGGCAACGACCGACGUGGGCCGAAAGAGCCACAUACGGAACUAACGAGGGAUUCGGUACCGCUAUCUACAGCGGGAGACGGGAAGGGUUUGCACUGUAUUUCGCACGGCUUGUCAGACCCUUCUGGAAAGCUAAAUUAAUGAGAACGGGACGAAACGGAGCACAGGAGCUGGAGAUACACGAAGACAUACUUGUUACUGCGCAGAAGAACCUGUAUGCCCUGAAAGAGCUUCUAGAUACGAACCCCCAUCUAUUCCAUUCGGCACCCGGAGAUCAUACUAGUGCACGGUCAUCCACCGCAAGCGAGCAGGAAGCAUGGAAGGCAGAGCAGAGCUCUGUCUCUGAACUUCUCAGUCUUUUAGGACGGACAAUAGAGGCUAUCUCUUUUGUCUUGCUUUUAAGUGACCAUCAGCUUGGAGAUAUUGUGAAGCAUUGCGAUUCUGAGACACGGCAGAUGGUCACUUCUAUGACCUUCGAAGACCUAAUCACCAGCCAGAACGGGGUCACAGGUUCUCGAGCCUUGGUUAAUGUCAUCAUCAAUCAACAGAUAGGGCAACAAAUCAGUGUUGACACGAUAAGCGAGGUAUUGCAGCAACGAUGCGGCUCCUUCUGCAGCACGGAUGACGUCAUGUUGUACAAAGCUAUAGAAAAUGUUCGCAGAGCCGUGGAAACACGAAGCUUUGCUGAACGUCAAGCUCUACUCAGCGACUCCCUCAGGCUGUUCAUGAAAGGCGCGCGUAUCUUGGAGUUCGAAAAGCUGCGAGAAGUGUGCGGAGACUAUCAGCAGCUCAACUAUGCGAAAGGAGCUAUCCAGCUUCCUCUUCAUUGCGCAGUGACGUUCGACACCGAUGGCAAGGGAAAGGAAUACUGGCUUGCAGGAUGUCCAGCUAAUGAUCGUCGAGCAAAGUACUGGGAACGACGCAUGAACUGCUAUGACUUGGUCCUCGAUUCCCUCUCUGUCUUUGAGGAACGAGGUAUAGCUGCGAAGUCCGACGCGCAAGCUGUGACUACCGACGAUCCGGAUACCGUGCGUAUUCACGCAUACGAGCUCGCCUUCGCUAGCGAUGACGAGAUCUUCCACUCGACUCUCUAUGACUGGUUGAUAAAACGAGGCAUGGCAGAUGAGUUAUUGGAAAUGCGGCCGGUUUACUUGGAAGCACAUCUAAGACGUGAACCUAUUACCGUGGAAAAGUUCCAACUCCUUUGGCAGUUCUAUGUCAAGGAUGGCCAGCCACUAAGAGCAGCAGAAGUCCUUGGAGCGUUGGCAGAGUCUACUGAUUUUAACCUACCACUAGAGGCGCGCGUGGAAUAUCUGACUUUGGCUGUUGCAAAUGCCAAAUCUCAUCCAAUCUCCGUCGGUGGUCGAUAUGAGACUGCACUUGCCUUCCUCACCGAUCUCGAAGAGAGGCUAGAGGUUGCGCAGGUACAACUUGAGCUGUGCACUACUUUACAGCCGCAUAUGCAUGAAUCACCCGAGGCCGAGGCCAGAAUUAAACUGCUGGCCAAGGGAUUAAUGACGAUCACAGAGCUGUAUCAAUUAUAUGCUAUUCCGUUUGAUCUGCUCCCGAUGCAACUUCUCAUUUUGCACGUAUCCGGGCACCGUGAUGAGAACGUCGUACGGCCAAUCUGGAACAAGAUUAUCGAGGAAGCACUGGAUGGAGUGGAACCCAAGGUCGGCGCUGACAAGAUAAUGGCGAAGGUCGUUCCACUGGGUCAACGCUUCUACCCAUCCGAAAGCGCCUUCCCACUACGUCAUAUCGCCUCUUUGCUCGUGCGCUUCAACUUGGCCCACAAAGGAACAGUUGCGUAUGGGUGGGCACCUCGGAUACUAGUGCAAUGUGGCGUGCCACAUUCUGAGAUCUGGGAUAUCCUCAACGAGAUGUACGAGUCACAGAUACCACCGUUUAACGACCAAGCAAACGUCCAAGCCAUCUCCUCCGAUAUAGCUGUGCUGUUGACGGACUGGGUAGAGGAGGCAAUACGGCCGACAUCCCUUGCUGCUCGGGAUGAAUUCCCCGUGUUCCGGGUAGACCAAGCGGUAGACCAGUACCUUGCAGAACUGGAACCGAGACGGACAGAAACAAAAGCUGCGUACGAGAAUGUCAAGCGGCAACUGCGACGAAAUUGGUAG